UGAAACUAUAAAUGGAGCGAAUAAAAACAGAAUGUACGGAGGUAGUGCGUUACAAAAUUUGUCCUACUGAUCAUGGCCAGAUUCACUUACGAGGCCCGCAGCAAACACAGAAGGGUUAAGGCCUGGCCAAACGGACGCCAGUCCAAGCAGGCGCAAGUUGAAAACUUGAGUUAGCCAGGCCUUGCGUGGAAUUGCGUUGACUAACGAUGACUUGCCCUCCGUUUGGCCGACUACUCAACCCAAGUCGCAAGUUGCAAGUUGCAAGUCGCAAGUCGCAAGUCGCGAGUUGUUUAGGAAGCUAUUAGCCAGUCAAUGAUACAGGAUUUUGACCGCGUGAGACAAAGUCAGUAGCCUUGAAAUGUGUUUCUUUGCGACUUAAGUGUAUGUGCUUGGAAACUUGCGAGUCUGUUUGGGCAGCCAACGGAAGUCUCUACAGAAGUUCAACUUGAGACUACUUGCGACUAAUUGCGGGUCCGUUUGGCCACGGCUUUAAGUCCACUCAAUCUUAAAAUUGAAGCCUUUUGUAUUAGUUGGAGGAGAUUGAUGCUGUUUUAAAAUAUUGAAGUUUAAAAUGUUACAAAGAAACCCUUAAUAGAAAAUAGGAAUCGCUUAGUUUCUUUUCUGUUAUCUUUAGAAAGCGCUUUCUUGAUCUUGUCCCCCUGGCCCUCACGCUGCGAUUUUUCAUCCCUUCGUUCUUCGCGUCACGCUCGGUGUCUUAGGUCUACCUGCGUGCAAGUGAACAAACCCAAACUACAACAUGGUCUACUCUGCAGCCGCUACUUGAGUCGUCAGGCAACACUUCAAGCGUUGCAUGACGAUUAAAUAACCGCUGUAAAGGAGACUAACAGUCCCUAAUAUUUCACGCCCUUCUACACCGUCCCAGUUGCUAUGACCAAGCGAUAAGGUGAUCAGGAUUUCACCAGCCACCGCCCCCUCCUCCCCUUUGACAAAAUUUCAAAGAUCUAUCGAUCCGACAUACAACGAUUGCCAGAUGGGACCAGAAAUGAUACUUGUUAGAAGGAAAAUACAUAGACGGCGUGUUUUAAAAACGGGUCUUCCAGCGAAACCUUUCAUUGCAUGAAAAUGAACCAGUAGGCGGAACACCUUUUUCGCACGAAGACUCGUUUUGAGGUAAAAUAUAAAAAGGCAACUUGGAAAUUUUGAUGCUAACAUUGGCUGGUGGGGGCUUAAAAUUUUACUUCGCGGGGGUAGACUCGGGCGAUUUGGCUGCCUUACCCGAUCCCCGCACAGCAUAAUGAUUUGCUAGGAGGAGAGGUUACUAAGCCCUUAGAAACGCGAGCUUUGUCCAAGAUGGCGUCUUGUCAACAUACAAAACUCAGCUGAAAGACCAAGCUGUCAUAACGUUAUAAGGGCUAGAUCUUUAUCUAACAUGGAACAGCCAGGGUCAGGGAAAAGCGAAGCAGAUUUAAAGAAGUCUUUUGCUGGUGGAAGCGCACGAAAUGUGCUGCAAUCCGCUGGAACAAGUACCGGAGACCACAAACAGAUCAGUCCGGUGUUGGUGGCAUUUGAACAAGAACUUUCCAGAUUUAUCAAAUACAUAAAGAAGAAAUCAGAGCCUGGGAUGAAGAUCAAGAAGAAUGAUGAAGAACCUCUUGCUCGGGGGUCAAACACAUUGUUCUCUAUGUGGAACACUUAUGAAACUCGUCUUCCACAAUCCUACUACCAAGAGAAGCUGCUGAAUACUGGAGACUUUCUGUUUUCUGUCAAGGUAUACAUGUGCUUACAUUUACAGUUGAGGUCAGCUCUUGGUGAAGCUAUUUGCUUUUAUCAUGUAAUCAGUGCUGAGGAUCCUAAACUACAGAAUCCUGAUUUAGUGUGUCAUUGUGUUGCUGCUUUAAAAGUUCUUCGCUUGACGACACAAACGUCACUUCACAAAGAGGAAUUGUGCUGGCUGGUCUUCAAUGGCACUGUGCAUAUUUACUCGAUCUGCAGACAUUUGAUGGCUUGUGGACACAGUAGCAAGGCCUUGGAGUUCCUUCUUUGGGCAUGCAUGUGUCUAGAAUCCUCUAUCCCUCUCCUUACUGUCAAAUACCUGACAUGGCGCAGUACCUUAUACACGGCAGUAUGUCAAUGUUACUUUGACCUUAAAGUUCAAAUACAUGCUGAGACAUUUGCAAAGAGAGGCCUGACCAAGGUGAAUGAGCUGAGCGAUAUUGAGAAGAUGAGCACAUCAGAGGCCACCCCUGAGACUGAUGCUGCUUUUCGACAGGCUAAGACCAAGAUGCAGGUCAUGAUAUUCAAGAGGGUGGUGUUUGAGACUCGUAAGAGACCUAAGGGUCUGCUGAGGCCUAAAACAAAACCCAACCUUAAGGAUUUUGCUCAUCAUGCAUGGCCCCGCACACCCACUGAACGUCUUAUGUCAGACCUACAAGGCACAGCCGCCAAAUUUUUGGCGAUAUUAGAGGCCCUCAGCGAGACGCACAGACGCACACUUCACUGUGAAGCACCAGCUCCUGAUGCAGAAGACACAGCUAUUGAUGUGUGUGCAGAGCUGUUCUUUGCAGGAAUGGAAAUUAUCGCUGGUGGUGGAGGGUCAAAACAGUCCCAUGUGGUAAAAAAUAAAGGUGGAAUCCACCCAUCUGUCAUGGAGCUACAGAACACUUCCCUGAUGGAGCUUGUAGCCAAAGGUGAAAAUGGAGUACCUCUCCCUGCUCUCGUCAAAUUUCUGAAGUAUGCUUUCAGCUAUGAGCAGUGGGAAUCAUUUGGAACUCUCAUUGAGCCUACACUUCAGCUUCUGCAGGAACAGAGCAACAUUAACAGCUUGGUGGACAUUAAAACUCUGCAGCUGAUGUUAGCUUUGGAGCCAUUUUACAAUACUGUCAAGAAACCAAAGAAAACACCGGCUCAUACUGAUGAAGGUGACACAGCUGCCCAUACACAUGGGAAGAGUGGAAGUGUACUUGAGGAGCUGACAUAUCUGGCCGACGUUAUUCAGUCCUGCUCUGAAGAACCUUUUAAGUCUGCCAUCCUUAUGAAAGACAAUGACAUGAUGGUAGAUGCUGCUCUGUUCCUCUGGUCAAAAUGCAAGCCUCAUUUUCAAAGAAUCCUGUCGUCAUCUUUGGAAAACUGCAAGCAGCUGUUGAAUGAAGUGUUUGUAAAUGGGUGGCUCUACAUUCUGACUGUAGUACACACAGCUCUCUCCUGGAGUAAUGCCUCCAGUUUUGAUCCCAUUCUAAGUGCAGAAGUGACGUUGAAGUUCUCUUUACUGCUGGAGUGUAAAGCAGGUCUCACUGAACAAUCCCGGGCUGGCAGUGCUGACAUACAAUUUGCAGAAACACCAGCACUGACUGUGUCUCCAGAGCAGGUGGAUAGUAAACAGGAGAAAACUGAAGCAGAACUAUCAGAGAAACCUGCUACUGGACCUGGGCCUCUGACAGGUCUGUUGACGGAUUCCAGCAAACAGGUGACUGUCACCAUGGGCGGGGUCAACACAGGCCCAAGGGAGGUGCUGAAUAAGGUACUGGACAUUCUGGAGCAGGGGCUCCGAGAUAUUACCAGGGCACGUGAUACAGUGAUUAACACAAGCAAGAGGAACAUUGCUGAUGUCAGCUGGAUUAAGCCUUCUUCAAGUGUAAGUAAACUCAAGAUUGAAGAUGAAGUCACAGAACCUGAGGAGCCCAACUUGUUGGAGAGGAUGAUAGAAGCUUUGCACAUGGAGUUGCUUUUUGUGAGGCACAGAAUUGCUGUCAAGUUAGCCAACUUAGGGCAAGGUAUUACAGGCGAGAUCUCUUUGAAGUUAUUAUUUCAGGUUAAAGAGGGUAGGGCUUGGAAGUGGACUCCUACAUACAAAUGUUGUGAGUAUUUAAAUGAUGAAAGGAAACCCUAUAAAAGUGGAAUAAGUAUCAAACAAUUCCUGGUGGCCUGGUACCGACUCUUUGCAAGGUCAGCAAGUGGCAAUAAUGUUAAAGUCAGACUCAAUGACUAUCAACUUCCUGGGACUGGAGAAGAGGUACGCUUUGUGUUACUUACACCUAAGACAUCAGGGUUUUGUAGACGAAGAGCCACAAACAGGUAUUCUUUCNAAUAUGUGUUGGCAGCAUGGUUUUAUAUUGGACUUUCUUUAAACGCAUACAGCGGCAGAGUGAUUUUAACUGGUCGCGUUUGUUUUCAGGUGGCCUGGUACCGACUCUUUGCAAGGUCAGCAAGUGGCAAUAACGUUAAAGUCAGACUCAAUGACUAUCAACUUCCUGGGACUGGAGAAGAGGUCCCUGCUACCGCUGACAUCCAAUUUUAUGUACGUGGGCUCAAACCCGAUGAGAAGUACAUGGCAGCCGUGGCAGCGUAUAAUGCACACGGGAAACUGAUUGGUGGAAGUAUUGGCCUCACUUGCCGUCCAGUGCUGGCUGCUCAUCCGCUACCAACUCUCAUGGCAUGGGGCUACCUAGCACAGCUCUCCUUCACUUCUGGUGUAUUAUCUGUUGCCAAAUCUGCCGCUUCCGUUUUGUGGAAUUAUUAUGUGAAGGAACCAGAAAUAUGUGAAGAGAAUGCAAAUAUACAAACAGCUAGUUCUGAUUUGUACAUCUCUCUACAAAGGUAUGUUAGCCUCUUCUGGAUUCGUCUAUUUCUAGCGCUUCUCAAAAUUCGUUCAUUUCAAACGUUUGUGGUACCUGUCGUCCUAAGACUUGUAGUGUUAUCUGAAAAGCUUCUCUGUGAACCAAUUCAGAUUUUACAGAUGUGGAAUGAACAAGGAGUAGCAGGUGCGAUUAUUGAACUCGGAAAGAAAAUGUUAAACCUUGAAACUGCCCCGGACAGUGCUGGUACCAUGACAACCAUGCAAGCAGCAGCUGCCAUGGCAACCGCCACGCUGGGUGGACCAUCUCCGAGUAAGAACAUAAAGAAGAAGCCUGGGGCGAGUAAGAAACCAAAAGGUGGAGGAGGCAAAGGAGGACUGGGGAAAUUGGAGAAAGAAGCCGCUGCCUUCACUGCGGAUGCACAGAAUGAAGAACUGAAGGCGUUAGAGGCUUACAUCUUGAAGCUUAGCCAGCAAGGUGAGUUUUGUAAGGAUUCGGGUCUUUUCCAGCUAGCUACUACCUACUCUCAUGGGAGGACUGAGUUUGUCAUUUCAUUUGGGGAACACAUUAAAAUAAGUGGGAAUAUGAAUUUAGUAUUUUUCGUAACCCUUUUGGUUAUUGAGUUACACCCUUAUUUCAUUCCGUCCAGGAGAACAGCAAUAUUUCUUAUCAAUUCGUUUCAUAGAAACUAUAGUAAAGCAUCGGCUCGCUCAGGCGAUCUGGAAGACUGGAAUCGACUUAAUCUGCCUUGUCGCAAUGAUGCAUGUGUGCUAGUGUGUAAGACAAAUACAGAAUCCCUUUGUUUACAACGCUUUUGCAUUGUUCUCACACCCACAGUGCUCAAGUUCAAGCGAAGAACUCGUUUCCUAGGAUUUUAUGUCCAGGUGUUGGCCAAGGCGCUUCAGGAAGGUUUGACUGAAACAGCACUGGACUGGACUAACGAUACCAUGGCUUGGAUUAUAAGGAGAAACGAAAUGCUGUUAGCUAACAAACCCACCAUAGUACGUCAGGCUGCUGCAACAGCUGGGCCUGAAGACGAGAAAAUCAAAAAGUUUGCGACUGCUAUUGUUGAGUUUAGCAAGGUAAAGAAGACGAAAAGACAACUAUUCCAUUCUUUUGUCUCGAGUUGCCUCGUCUUCAAAUCUUCUUCAGUUCGAAAGACGAAAGACUGGAGCCGAAAUUUCCACGCUGAUGACGUAGCUCUACCAAGAUCUGUGCUAAGUUAUCGUGGUAAGUUCUGGACCAUGCUUCAAAACGCCUGUCGGAGCCUGUGGAACAUGACACAGACGGUGCUCAUGCGAGUAGUGGCAGGGACGCUCCAUCUCUCGGAGGACCCUUUAGCUGAGGGCAGCACUGAUAUUGAUGCCCUGAGAAAGGCCCUGUGGCAAAAGUUCUAUAUUGGAGCUGACAGAUUAUUGGACAUGAUGGUUCUAGUGCAGGAGCAGAUCAAGACAGAAUCUGAACAGAACAAAAAGCGUGACAAAGUGAAGAAGGGAGACCUGGUCAUAAAUGAGCAGCAAGGGUUCAUGGGAGGAGUAGAAGAUGAGAGAGGUGGGGCGAGUUUGCUGUUUGAAAUUCCGCUGGACAAUACCAAUGUGGUGGAUGCCCGCUGGCUCAAGAGAUACAUUCUGUACACAGUGGAGAUGUUGUUCUACGAGCAAAAAUGGGAGAGGACUGUUAGCGUCAUUUUAAGAUUCAACGCGUUGACAAGGAGUCGUUAUGCUGAGUCACUGCUACCUUUACUAAUCGUGGCACAACGUAAACUUCAGGAACAAAUCGAGGCUAAUGGAGGCCCGUCCAGAAGCCAGCCAACCAUCACCGUCUCCAAGGAAACGGGAAUCGCUGAAGAGUUCUUCAUAAAACCAGCUGAGUACAUGUCGAUUGAGCCCGCGGUGCAUAUUGAUCCCAAGGGUCAUGAUGUGUACAGCGGUAGUUUAGAUGCGCUUAGAUUAGUCUCAGUCCCUCUCGAUGUCAAUAAAAGCUUACAGACUCUGCACCAGGCUCUUGAGUUGAAGCAUCACACCGCUCGGUCACUGGAGCACAGUCGACAGCUUUUGCUGUGUUAUCUCGCGGGUCAACAAGAAGGCGGGUCUAGCGCCCGUGUAGAGCGUGGGUCAUCCCGUGUUGGGUUCCUGCCUAGCCAAGUAAAGCCUCCUACAGAUGUACCAGUGGAUUUAACAAAGGAAUUGUUUGACGCUUUGGAGGAUGUGCAAACGUUUACCUUGCAGCCCUCGCAACUGGCCGUGGUUAUCGCUUCCUAUGAUAAGACGAUUGAAAUGUUACAGUUUCGCAAACAGAAAAGUCUUGCUGCUCAGGCUAUGCACGAACUAGGAAACAUCAUGUUUCACAGCGGAAACAUCAGGGCUGCUUACAAGUGGUGGGCAGAAUCUCUUGACACGGUCCUCAAUACAACAGACUCUCUCAAAUCAUGGCGUGAUCUGACGUCACCCUCUGACACGUCACUCAAACCCGCUGCUGUACUGCUUCAGAGAUGUGGUCUUUGGGGAUGUCUCCUCGGAGGUGUUUUGGCUGCAGAUAUCGCACAAUACAUUCACACUUCUAAUCUUGGUCUUCGUUUGGAAUGUUGCCUGCUGUCGGCCACUUUCUUCAAGGCUUUGUUUUGUUCUUCCCUACCCCACCCUACUGCCGAUAAGGAUUAUGCUUUGUACGAGGUUGGGACUGGGUGUGAGGUGGCCGAGCUGAUACCUGGGAUUGAUCUACUGUCCGAGGCUUUUAGAAGUAAUGGACGUUCAGUUGUGGCCGCGUUAAGAUGGAUCACCGAGGAACUGGCCCGAGCACGAUACCUAAUCACGGUUCUUCCGUUGAUCACCCUGUGCCUGUACUUCUCGACGCACGUGUCACGUGACCUUCAACGAUCGGUGGAUGUGAGAAUUCUGAAGGUCCGUGUCCUGACCGACCUUGGGAUGUUCUCAGAAGCGACAAGAGUUUUAUGUGCUUUACUGCUCGGCGAAAAACUUCCCAAAAUUUCUGAUGUCGGCUUCCGGACAGUGGAAAACAAAACGGUGUGUCCUGUGUUCAGCAACAAAGAGUCUCUAAUGAAUGCGGGCAACGUGACGGUGUUGAACUAUCUGUUGGAUCAUCGACUGCAGCCUUCCCUGUCAGUAUUGUACGGUCAGCAGCUGACGGGACAGCUUACUAUAGCGCAUGCGCACUUGAUGAUUGCCAUUGCUGCUACAAUCUACGCCAUACCAGCCGACUGUCACCAAGAAAUCGUNGAAAUAGCCAGUCAGCGGCAUCAUGCACUCACCAGUGGGAACAUCGUGUAUGCAUGCAUGAGAGCAUUGGAAGACGCAGCCAUUCUGAAUGAACUGGACUUGGAGAAACGUGCCCAUUCUCUUAUGUCAAGCCAAGUCCGUUCUGCGCACAGCACCGUGUCCGGGUGGGGUGGGGAGCACUAUCUCCAUAAUCAAGCCCGAUCUAGACUGGACGCUAGACUAUGGCUUACGUGCAGGCUGGCUUUGGCUCGUGGACUCGCGGAAGAGGACGGUGGAAUGGGCAAGCUUGGCGGCUCAACGAGAAGUGUAACAAGCGCUAUUGGAUCUUGUCUACAUCAUUGUCAGCAAGGUCUAGACGAGGCUGAAGCAUUUGGAGACGUAGAGCUGAUGGCGGAGUUUUCUCUUUUGAGUGUGGUACAGAAUUUACAGCAAGGAAAAAUGGGUACAGACUUGCUGGAAACACUUGAGAAUAUCAUUUCACGUCUAGAACAGAGUCCAGCACUGUCAUUCUCAGGAAGACUGUUAUUAGUUCUGUCAAUUAUUCAGCACGCUGACAUUAGACCUCCGUCUCACGAAUCCUCAACGUUGCCGUAUCUGAACGACUCGCUUUCCGCCUAUAAACGAGGGAUGACUCAUUUACUUGAUCAGCUGACUCAACUGGGAAGCGAUGUAAAUCUCCUGGAAAUGUCCCCUGUCAGCCCACUUCAUAACAUUUACUUUCAACAACUUCAACCUCUAAUUGACCUCAAACUUCGUCUCGGUCGAGCGCUAACCAAACAGAUCACACUGUCUGAACGAGACUCAAACGUCAUUCCAACCGAGUGGCAGGCGGCAGUCAAAGAACUGGAACUAGGGCUUGAGCUGGCUAGGACGGCUGCUUGUCAGCGGAAACCUGUCGAAGCGCAGCUGCUGUUCUCUCUUGGUCAGAUUCAAAGACAGAUGAUUCAGAGUGGUCAGGUGUCCCCGAGUAAAGCAGUCAACACAUUGGUAGAGGCUAUACAGUGCACCUUUAUUUCUGAUCACGACCUUGGUUUAAUGAAGCAAGCCUACCUGGAGAUGGCUUUGGUUCUUAUUAAUAACGCCAAUACACUCAAGCCUCCCAAAACACCUGACCAACCUCCUCGCGCAGCAGAAACAACUCCGUCGGGUGUGAGAGAAGGCCGAAAGAUGAGCAAGAAAGGAAGUGCUAGGGAUAAAGAACGCAGGGAUAAGGAGACAAGAGAGAAGAACAAGGAACUCGACAAGGAAUUGAGAACAGCUUGGGCUGCUAUUCGUGCCGCGGGUGUGGUGUCUUCGGCUCAGUAUAAAAUCGGGAUUUUCACGGGAGAUCCCGAAAUUACCGCGUUGAAACUCUCUGAGAAGGCCGCGAGCUCAGUGCCAGGCCUUGCGCUGUUUGAUCUACUGGGUACCGAUGACGUCAUUAAGAGCUCGGAGGACGGAGCACUAGUUGCGCAGGAUGGGAUUGUCACCAUGGGAACCACCAUCAACAAUUCCAACCGCGUGCAAGUAACAUGGCUUCAUUUCCUUGGUUAUCUCUCGGUACUUCGUCGCCAAUGUUCUUAUGCGGCGCUCGGAGUGUAUUUGGGAGACGAGGAGAUAUCGAACAAGGGCUCCGCUACUGUGUUACCUUUGUUCAGUGACAAGAAAGCUCUGAAACUCUCUAAGAUGCAUUCGUUUCUAAAGAGCGAGUUGGGUCCUUAUGCAGCGGAGUGCUGCGGUGUUUACCCUCCUGAGGUCCUGUCAAAUUAUGGACCUUCAAGUUUGCCCCAGACUAAAGUUACCCAACCUUCACAAAUGGACCUAGCGGGAGAUUUGUCAAAGAGAACUGAUUUCGUAGACAAGUCCACCAAAGCAGGCGACUUUGAGAUGUGUGUCCAAUGGUUCCAGCCAGAACUCGACUGUGUGUCCGUGGGAGAUCCCGAGGACACACAGUCACAGGCAAGCCGAGCUGUUUGGUUCUUGUACGCCUUUAAUAACAAGGCCCUGGACUUGACAGUAAACCCAGUCUCCGGCCAAGUCAAGGCCGGGCUGUGUCACGUGAUAGGGGCUCGUGCUCAGGCCCUCCACGAGAAGCUCAUGGUAACGUUGGAAACUGCCGAGAAUGAUCUGGUGCUGCCUGUGCAGAGCUCACAGACGGCAGUUGGAAUUACUGAUCAGAGUAGAGGUCGUCCCUCAAGAGUAGAACCUGUUCAGUUGUCGGUUCCUGGGAAUCUGGAACAGAAAUUCUCAACAGGAGCCACGUCACGUAAAAAGAAGAGCAUUGGAAUAAGGGCCCUGUCAGCCAAGCAGAGAAAGGACGACCAUAUUAGGGCCCUACUGAAAGAACACCUGAGUGAAAUACGGGCUUUGCUACGACGUGAAGUUCCAGUUGGGGUCGAGGUAGGAAAUAAAUUUUAGCACUCUUUCACCCCACUCUAUGUGUCAUGUUGGUAGACUAGUUUUAGCUUUGUAUCUCAGGAUACAAAUUUAGGCCUUAUGAUCCGUUUUCACCCCGUCUAGAACUACAGUGGAGCCUCGUUCAUACAGUCACCAACGAACCAUGAAAAUUUGGCCUAACACAGUAAGGUCAAAUUUCACGAAUGGUCCAAGCUGAGGGACGUCUUUACAGAUAUAUCACAAUUGUACCUCUAAACAACUCUUCUUUAAUAAGCAUUCGGAAUGCAGAUAUAAUUUUAAAAAAAUUGUCACUUUAAUCGGUACAUACAAUAACAACAAUGAAAAGAUGAACAGAACUGGUUUGAGCGGCCGUACAAACGGGGUAAAAUUAUAUGUAAAUGAUUAUACAGACUGGGAUUUCAGAAUAUGG